UUUCCAGCCAGGCUUCCGCACCCGUCUCACCAUGGUGUUUUCUGAAGCGGACGAGAAGCGGCUCGAGGCGCUCAAGGUGAGCCUCGAGCAGGCGCGCGCAGGCACGCACUCGCGGAUCGUGCAGGAGGAGAAGCGGCUCCGGAGCGUGAAGGGGUCCAAGUUUGGAAAGGCGGAGAGCUUACGCGACUUUCGGCUCGCCAUUGUGCAGACCACCUUUGAGAAGGCGAAGAGCGAGGCGGAGGACGAGUACCACCGCGAGAAGGGCAACGUGCAGGACAAGUUGGUGCAGGACGUGAUCGACCGGCAGCGGAGGCACACUAAGGUGGAGGCGCCGGAGCUGCGAGCCGUGACGCGCAAGAUGCGCAAUGCGCGCGGCGAGGCCGUGUCGGCGCCAGCCACUGCCAAGGGCAAGCGCGAGGCCAAGAUGGCCGCGGCCGCCAUCCCACUGCGGCAGGGCGACGUGGAGGAAGACUUUGAGGCCAUGGCGACGGCGGUGCACAACCUCGCUCCUCACCUCGAGAUCGAUCUCGAGAUCGAGGUGGCGCCCAGCAAGCGCGGGAGGCCGGUCGAGCCGGUGCGGUCGAGGGGCAAAUCGCGCGCCGAGGUGUCGGGCGCGCGCAUCACGGUGUGGUACGAGGAGGAGCUCAAUGGCCGCAAGGUGGACGUGCCUUACCAGGGGGUGGUCAACAGCUGCGAUCCGCGCGAGGGCCUGUACGUCAAGUUCGAGGGCUCGCCCGAGGAGAUGCUCAUCACGAACGAGGACGACUGGCGCUGGGGCGCGCACUCGCGCAAGCCGCCCGAGAGUUCGCGGAAGUGAGGACGAUUCGGAGGGGGUGGCACACUGCGAUACGACAUACCGGUACACAUCCACACAUCCACACAUCCUGCUCUCUAACCUUGUCACCGAUCUGCGGCACAUACGGCUCUGACCUCUGUGGUCUGUGUGCUACGCUUGUGCGGACACGGUCGCACCGCACCCUCACAUUUUGGGGGACCGUCGGGUGAGCUAUUAGGGCAUCCCUCGGGUGUGGUGUGGAGAGUGGAGCGGUCAAGUGACGAGCGGUGACCUUAUAGAUAGCUUAGAGGAAC